CACGGAACACCGGACGUCCUGCGCGCGAUCCUGAUAGAUGGCGGGAUUGCAUGCGUUGUGACGGAGAGCCACGGCACGGCGACGGUGUGCGCCGCUUUCCACAACGGUCCAACUUUACAUUCGAGCGCCGUCCCUGCUGCCGCUUCUCCCUCCUCGUGGUCGACUCGCGCGACCCACACAUCAUCUUCUGCAUAGACGUUCGGGUCCUCGUCUGAUGGUGGCGGCUGCGACUGAACACUUGUGCACAACGCGCCGCUCCGCAUGCCCGGUGCGUUGGGAUGAACGUCAAGGGCGCCGUGUUGUAUAGCCCAUCUCUACAUUUGUCGGGCAGAAAUGCCACGGAUUUCAAAUGUCCCAGUCACCAGUGUGCCAUGCACCCACGUUGUACAAUGCGACUUGGUCGACGAUAAACAUUCCCGCACUCGCCGUCAGCGGGAGACCCCCCCCACGUCUGCGGCGGCGUGCGUCGGUUGGUGUACUCGGACAUGGUCGCGCGCAAGCUGCAGCUUCCCCUGCCCGCGGGCUUCUUCCGCACUCCCCCGCUCACCAACGACGAGCAACUAGCGUACACGCGGCAAGGCGAGCGAGCACUACACGCGCUCGUACGCGCCAGCCGAGUCCAUGGCGGUCCGAUUGCGUGGAAGUUUGCCUUUGAAUCGCAUGGUGUGGCCGUGUAUCGCGGUUUCUUUGAUAACGCGGCGGCCCAGCUGCGCAUUACAGAAGUCCAAGCAACGCUCGAGGAAGCCGCGCUCCUCGUCGGCGUCGGCGAUGACGGCAGCCACGACUAUUGUGCCACACACAAUCCCGAUCACAUUGUGGACUUUCAAACGCUGUACAAUGUCGCCGCGCCAGGUCGACACCACCCGCACAAGAGCUUGACGAUCAAGUGGCGAGCUAUGGCGUCGCCGUUUCUCGCGACGCGCGACUUUUGCUUUCUCGAGUGCCAAGAUGACUUUACCAUCGAUGGCAUGGUUGGGUUUGCGCGGUGUUUGCAAAGCGUAGAAAUGCCGUCCGUGUGCCCGAAACUCGAGCGGUCGUUUGGCCUCGUGCGAGGCGACAUCCGCCUCGGCGGCGACGUCUUCUUCAAGAGUCGGCGGCCAGGCUAUAUUACCGUGUGCCGACUGUACGACGUCGACUUGAAGGGCCAUGCGUGGAUGAAUUCGAGGCACUUGUAUGCCCGGUCGACCCUGACCAAGGGGAUGCUUGCGCUGGACAACCAGUUCCGCCAGCAACGCAUGAACCACUCGGCCUACUUGCCCGAGUACACCCUCGUGCCGCGCCACACGCGGUCGCACUGCGCCGUCUGCCACUGCAAACUGUCGACGCCGGUCGUCGGGAAAAAGUUCAAUUGCCACAAGUGCGGCGAAGUCGUGUGUCGGCGGUGCCACGGCGCGUAUUACAUGCCCGACUACCACUACGCCGGGUAUGGCGGCGACACAGGCCGACUGACGACGCUGUUCAAGUCGCAAGGCAGGCGCACGUCGCUGUGGUCGAUGCCGACCAUGUCGUUUGUCAUGUUUCGCGUGUGCGAUGUGUGCUCGUCGACUCCGCUCGCGCUGCCCGCACCAGGCGGGGGCAUCGAAUGCCAUGGUGGCUACGGAAUGGACGACGUCCUGUCGACGCUCCGGUCGACGUGGCAAGUCGCGCCCCCGACCAAUGUCGACCCGAGUACAACGAUUGUGACGGUGACGUGUCGGGAUGUAGAAGCGCAUGCGAUCAUGACGUCCCACGUCCCGCCGUACGCUCCAAGGACCGCCCGGGGACCGUCCUGCGUGGGAGCGUUUGACGACGACAUCCCGAUCAUGAUGUCGUGCGCCACAGUCGACAUGCUCGAGGAGCCGACCCCUCGAUCGCACUUGACCCAUUACUCGACCCCAUCCCACGCCGUGCUCGAACACGGCCGCCCACCAUCACAGCAUCGAGCCAUUCCGCCAUCGCGACUCGGCGAACUCAAGCAGACGCUCCAAAAAUGGACAGACCAAGUCGAGCAAGCGGAUGGCUGCGUCGAUACGGCUCGAGCCGUGUCGACAGCCGCCACCGCCGACGAUGACGACUGGACUACACCUCCUCCAGGCAGCGACGCAGGAAUGUAGGCACACAUACAAUGGCAAAUCGAGUCGUCGUUCGUGCCAAUUUUUCAACACGCCCAAAGUGGAACGAGCCAUGCACGUCGUCAGCCGCGUCUUCAUUCGUAGUCGACAGACUCACGCGACGAAUGGCGCUCUCGCUACAGUCUUUAUCCCAACGACGCCGCGAAUGGCGAGUUGGACCGGCGGCUUCGAUCG